AUGUCUCCUGUUGUAAGAGAUGAAAAGUCGGCAUUUGCACAUGCCAAAAUAUCGUCCAGACCGUACAUUUCACGGAGAGUCUCGCGGGCAGGACAGCCCGUCCGUUCCAAGGAACAGCGAGCCCUCUACCGCGCACAUCUCGCAAAGGACGCCGCUGCAGCCCAUCAGUACCAGCUCCUCCCCGAUGACCUUCCCAUGAAAGGUGUUUCACCCCUGCACAGAUUGAACAUGGUCAUUCACCGCCAAUGUCUGCUGGGCUCGUUUAAUAAGCGAUCCAUUGACAUUAUAGCCUCAGAGGACAAUGUCUCCCUCUACCUAACGCUUGAGGACAUUGAGGCCGCUGAGGCCGCUCAGAAGACUAGAACAUCAGCCGAAUCAUACCAGGGCACACCGGCAACCGUAGGCUCCCACGAGAAGGGCAAUCGCAAGGCCGCAAAGGCAAAGGGCAACCCUGGAACCAAAUACGUUUACCCCGCUCCACGCUUCAAGGGCAUCGAGGAUGUCAAGCCCAAGGACAAGGAUGACAAGAAGGACGGCGAUGAUGGCAAGGGAAACCGUCCCAAUGAUGAUGACAAGGAAACCCGUUCCAACGACCCUGACGAAGUCGAUGGCGAUGAGAACGAUUCUGACAUUAGCAUUGGAGACCUGAACACGAUGUUCGCUUGA